UUACAGUUGCUGUUUGAAAUGCUUGGGGUUCUGAAAAGACGAGUCAACAUCGUUCACGUACGUCGCGCGCGCCAUAUUCUAUAUGGGCACCAAAACAUUUUGAAGCCAACUGAUAGUCAGAAUGAAGAGGUUCAAAAGAAAAUUGUUGAACUGGAAAAAAUCACACAUCGAAGUGUUGUUAACGGUAGAAAGGUAUUAUGGAGUAAUGCAUCGGACUAUUUGAAGGCUAACAAAGCUCAUGAACAGCUACGUAAAGUCCUAACUGCCUGUGCCGCAAUAAUGGCGAUAAAUGUGUUCUUAUUUAUCCAAGCUGGAAAGGACCUGAAGCGACGAAGGAAAAAAAACAUGAGUGAGCGUGAAAUGCAACGUAAAGAGUUAAAUUUAUCAGGCGAAGAGAGGCAUAAAAUUGGCAAACCGUUUGUGGUCAGUUGAGGAUAUCGGUUAUCGGUUACUCACCACCGUGUGCCGGCAUUGCAGAUGAACUUAAUAACCAACAUGGGUUGAUUUACAUUUUACAACACGAAUUGAGCAACACUUCUUUACAAUAUCGACAGUAUUCGAACAAAGGCGUAUAAGGUUCUUACAAGAAUGAAUAACGGCGUGUAAAAUCUGUACAAUAUUCAAAAAAGCGAUAUAUUUGAAAUAUAAAAUUUCUCGGUUUUCUGAUAGAAACUAUUAGUUUUGCUAUGUCAAAAAAUCAGGGAAAGGUAAUAUAUUUGAAAAUUCUUUUUGAUAAGCCAAUCAGUUUACAAUGUUCUUCCAAUGCGAUUGAUUUUAGUACGUGUGCUUUCAUUUGUUAAUCGAUUUUUUUCUUUUGUCCACACAUCGAUUCGAGUUUUUUUCUUUUAUCCAUGCAUCAACCUAUAUUCAGACUCGCUUGAAGGAUUUUAAGAAGUGAAAAACGCAAAAAAAUUGAACAAAAAACGAAAGUUUUAGAACGCUCUGUGAGGUGCCUGA